AUGCGCACUGCCGCAACUUUCCUCUCGGCUGCAGCCCUCACCGGUCUCGCAGCCGCUUCUCCUGCUCCUCAGCAGCUCGACUUCAACCAGCUGGCUGCUGCUCCUACCGUUCAGACUGCCCCUGUCCUGAACGGUGUCUCCAACUCNAGACCGUCACCAUCAGCAGCUCUGCCAUUGCUCAGUCCAUCUCUGCUGCUGUCAGCACCACCGCCACUGCCGUCUCGACUGCCGCUGCCCAGNGUUGUCAACAAGCGCAGCGUCGAGAAGCGUGAUGUCUACAACUUCUGGAACUGCUUCUGGUUUGGUACUCAGUGUGGUGGCNNACCUCCACCACCUCCAGCACUGUCAAGUCCACCAGCACCAGCACCAGCAGCACCAAGACUACUUCGUCUUCGGCCGCCGCUACCACCACUGCUAGCUCUUUUUUUUCUGAAGGACGCUAACUCCAACUACCUUGGAUGCACUUCCGGACAAGAUGGUAUUGCUUCCUACGGCAACAAGGCUUCUGCUGUCUCAUUCUCUCUCGACCCCAAGACCGGUUACCUCUACGAGGCUGGCCAGGCAUACGCUGCCAACCGUGGUACCAGCGCCAACCCUGAGUGGACCUACUUCAGCACUGUAUCUACUCAAUACAGCUUCAUCACUUGCACACAGAACACCGCACAGACUUGGUUGGAGUGCAAGGCCAACGGUGUCUUCCAGAACGCCAUGACCUGCAACAACGACGGCAAGCUCUACUUCGCUCCCACAGUUCCUUCUUCCUCUUCCAGCUCUGCUUGCCCUACCACCCCCGAGGAUGGAACCUACUGCGGCUUUAUCAACCCCGAGGACCCUUGCGCACCCCAACCCGACGGCUAUGGUCCCAAGAUCACCCCCGACACCACUGAUGCCUUCCUGUCCAACUCUACUCUCCACGGCCUUGCCCAAGCUGCCCCUACCGUCGUUGCCAGCAACAACGGAGCCGGUAACGCCUACCAGCAGACCUUCUGCGACCUGAACGCCUCUUCCAGCGCCAACUCCUACCUCGGUCUGUACACCUUGACCUCUUACAGCGUUGCCGACUGUGCCGCCCACUGCGACACCACCGCCCUCUGCACUUCCUUCAACAUCUACAUCGAGCGUGAUCCCAGCCAGAACCCCACCAAGAACGACUCUACUGCUGCCACCGUCUGGGGUUACUGGUGCCCUGACCCUUCGUCCAUCACCAACUUCAAGUGCACUCUUUGGGGAUCUAACCUUGAUGCUUCCACUGCUACCAACCAGGGUGGCUGGCGCGAGGACUUCAACGUCGUUGUAACCGGCUCCAACGGAUACGAUGCCACCAACACCACCCUUCCUCCCACCAUCGUUGACACAGUCGACAACUCCACCUCGACCGCCACUGCUGUUGUCUCUUCCGUUCUGUCCAGCUCCACUUCGGCUUCCGCCUCUGCUUCGGCCUCCAAGUCUUCCAGCACUUCCUCCUCCGCCGCUUCUGCCACUGCUACCUCCGGCACCAAGCAGCCUACCUGGGGCAGCCCCAAGACCUGCGGUGGCAAGGCCAUCAACGCUCCCAACUACUGGAUGGGCUCCAAGUUCUUCCCCGGCCCCUUCAACCCCCAGGUUUGCGGCGACUACGCCGCCUACCAGCACAAUCUCAACAAGCAGACCGCUAUUGCCGCCGGCCAGUCCUCCUUCACCCCUUGCAACAGCUUCAACGCCUACUACCUCCACAAGAACGGUAUUCCUUACGGUACCUACUGCGCUCUGUACGAUGCCAGCAUCAGCACCAGCUACGCUAGCUACACCGGUGGCUGGUCGGGCAACAACAAGUACGACUGCAGACAGUCUUACCAGUACACCCGCCAGACUCUUGACCAGGGCAAAUGCUAA